AGCCCCCUCUUUUUUAUGGUUGCUCAUAUGUUAUCCUUGGUUUAGCUGGAAUUGGUGGUGUAUUGAGAGAGAGCUCAGGUUCUAUUUCGGUGGAAUUCUCUCGGCCAUUGGGGCUAGAGACUCAAAUUUUGCUGAAGCAGUCGCAUGGAAUUGUCUGGAUUCUUGCCUUCCAAGUUGAAUUUUCUUCUUGUCUUUAUUGAAGGGGAUUCUUCCAAUGCAACAGCAUGAAUUAAGUCUGGAUGUUACCCCUGGAGGGUUUCUGAUCAGAUCGAGGAAGCUUUAGACCUUUGCGGCGGAAUUCAAAUGUGUCUUGCCCGUAUUCCUUGUGAAUGCAAUGGAGCAACUGAUAGGAUACACUCUGCCCUGCAAGACUAAGAUGUACCCUUCAAGGGUUGGUAAUGCUUAUCGGCAACAGUCAUAUGCAUCACAACCAGCAUAUGGGCAAGCUUCUGGAUCUGGUUAUUCUACAGGUUCUCUUGGUGGCCUUGACAGAGGGUCCCAACUUUCAAUACCCUCUCGGCAUUCAUCCAUGUUGGGUUCUUCUCAAGAAGCAGAAUAUGGUGGAUAUCGAACCCAUGCUUCUCCUACAGCUCAUUAUGGAGGACAAUAUGGAGCCAUGUAUGGAACAUCUAAUCUGAGCAGUGGUCAAAAGGUUGGUCGUGCUGAUUAUGGUUCAGCUCUGAGUGAGUCUCCUAAGUUUGCAUCUGGUGCUCUAGGAUCCAGCUUGGGGUUACAAAAUGAUGACUAUGUCUAUGUCUCAUCAUCAAACCAUGGAUAUGGUCACAAAGGUGAUCAGAUCCCUGCUGCAAAAGUUUCUGAUUAUGCUACUACAGACAGCCGCCACUAUGGUGAGCACCAGAGAACAAAUAGUGGGAGGGACAUACAGAGUGAAUCAGCUAGAAGAUACGCUGAUUCUGUUGGUCUGGGUCAUCAGCGUCAGUCUGAGAUGCACGACCAUGUUGACCAGGCAUCAUUGGCUCGACAGCAGCAAAUUCUGAAAGCUCAAUCAUUGCAAACUGGUUCUGAUAUGAGGCAUGCCAUGGCAGCUUCUGCUCUAGAUGGAAGUAAUAGACCAAGUGAUUAUCUUGCAGCAAGGGGUGCUGCAGUUCAUCAUGGAUCCCAAGAUCUUAGCGCGUAUGGUGGAAGAAUGGAUGCUGAUCAUCACAAUUUAUCUAUCCUUGGUAGUGCUUCAUACACUGGACAACAUCCAGCAUCCAUAUUAGGUGCAGCUCCCAGGAGAAGUGUCGAUGAUCUCCUUUAUGCACAAGGAUCUUCCAGUGCAGGCUAUGGGGUGGGCUUGCCUCCCAGUUGGGAUUAUAUUGCGGGAAAAAGGUUCCAUGGCACGUCGAUUAAGUACAAAUAUCCAGGUAGCAUUCUGUCGCGUGGUGGGCAUCCAUGCAUUGGAGGAUUGAAGGUUGAUGAGCGGAAAGAUGAUAGGGGUGGGUUUUGUCGGGACCUCGACAUGAGGGAGGAGGAGCGUCGCUGCGAGCAUGUGUGUAAACGAGAGAAAGAACGUGAAAGAGAGAAGGAGCGUUAACGAGAAAGGAAGCGAGAAAGAGAGCACCGUGACAAGGAGAGAGAACGUGAACUUAAAUGUGGACCUGAACUUAGGUGUGAACGAACUCCACCAAGAAUUGCUAGAGAUCGCCAUGGUUCUUCUUUGAUAAGGGAUGAUAGACCUCUACGACGAGACUCUCCACGUCAGGAGGCUUUGCAUCGGCGUCAUUCACCCCUUAAAGGAAAAAGGAGAGAAUAUGUUUGCAAGGUUUACCCAUCCUGUUUGGUGGACGUUGAAAGGGACUACUUAGCCUUAAGCAAGCAGUAUCCAAAAUUAUCAAUAUGGAAUUCACCAAGGUAUGACUUUUCUUAUUUCAGUUGCUUGCAAAUUGUUCUGCAUUGGCCAAAGGGAAACCUGAAUCUGUCAUUACACACUCCUGUCAGAUUUGAGCAUGACCUCAUUGAAGUAGAUGCUAGAGCGGAGCCAAAAGAGCCUUCUGCGGAGCCAUUGGCUGAGGAGCCAGGAAAUCCCAAAUGCAAAAGCACCAUAUGGAACGCAAAGGUGAUCUUGAUGAGUGGUAUCAGUAGCAAUGCUGUGGAGGAGCUGUGUUCUGAUAAAAGUUCCGAUGACAGGAUACCCCAUCUUAAUAAUAUCCCGAGGUUUGCAAUUCUCAGGAAAGAUCGUUCCUUCAUGGCAAUUGGAGGCCCAUGGAAUGCAGCUCAGGAUGGUGGAGAUCCCUUGGUUGAUGAUUCCUCCUUGGUUCAGUCAGCUCUUAGACAUGUGAAAGAUUUAACCCAACUUGAUAUGCAAGAUUCCCAGCACUGGAAUCGGUUUCUUGACGCAGGAAAUGAUGAAGAGGUAGCUGAUCUGCAAGGCAAGCAUGACAAGGAGACAACUGAUGGCAUAAACAAAAUGGAGGAACCCACAGAUGGAAGUAAAGAGUGAAGAUAAAACAGCUGAGACAAAUGAGCAAUGAUCAAAUGGCUGAGUCAGAGAAGUCUGAUGCUGCCGCAAAGGAGUCGGUUGUUGAUAAAGAACUAUUACAGGCAUUUAGAUUCUUCGACAGGAACUGGGUGGGCUACAUUACCUUCGAAUGGGUCCUUUUGUCACUUGUAAGUUUAUCGUAAGCAUGUUAUAUAACUGCAGUUGUAAUAAGCUCACUGACUUGGCAGGUUGAAGAUCUGAGGUUGAUUAUUCACAACUUGGGGAAGUUCCUCUCCCACAGGGAUGUCAAGGUAGUGAGGCUUCUUAUAUGCCUAGCAUAUUUCCAACUUUUCCUUUUAAUAAGUGAUCCAUACUUAUGUUGUCUUCUUCCCUUUCA